AUGUUUAACUUAUUUUUUUUAAAACACGUGUAUAAUAGCAAUAAAUUUAUUAAAAAUUGCUUAACUUUUCAAGAAAAACUAAAGUUUUCUUUUUUAUAUGACAGUUACAAAUAUUUACACUUAAAAAGAACAUUGUAUAAGAUUAAUGAAAAUAAAAAUAAAACAAUAAAAAUUGAAAUUAAAAAUAUUACAUAUAUUUCUAAAGAAAAUAAAAAAAAUAUUUUACUUUAUAAAAGUUCUAAACAUUUCUGUAUAAAUACAAAAAAGAAAAAAGAAAAAUAUACAAAUGGUGAACUUAAUAUAGGGAAUAAUAUUAAACAAAAGGAGGAAAAAGAUGAUGAACAUUAUAAGGAUGUAAGAGUUGCAGAAGAAAGUAAUAAAAAUAUAAUUUCUGAUAAUAAAGAAAAAGAGAAUCAAACAAUUUUAAUAGAAAAUACAAAUGAAAUAGAUGAAGAUAUAAAAAAAAGUCUUUUAGAGGUAUUUAAAUAUAGAGAGUUCACAGAUGUUCAAAGAAUAAUAUAUGAAAAUAUAAUAAAAGAAAAAAAGAAAAAUGAUUUAUUAGUUCAGGCAAAAACGGGAACUGGUAAAACAAUUUCAUAUUUACUUUUAGUAAUUAACGAUAUUUUAAAAAAUAAAAUUUUAAGUGUUCAUACACUUGUAAUAGUGCCUACAAGAGAGUUAGCAAAUCAAAUAUAUAAUGAAGCAAAGUUAUUAUUAACUUAUAAAAAUAAUAUUAAUGUUUUGACUCUUACAGGAGGAAUAAAAAGAAGAGAAGAUCAAAUAAAUAUAAGAAGAGUUAAACCUGAUAUUAUUAUUUGCACUAUUGGAAGACUAUUAGAUCAUUUUGAGUGUACAUAUUUAUUUAACACAUUAUUUCAAAAUUUGAGAAUGUUAAUAAUUGAUGAAGCUGAUCAGCUAUUAAGUUCUGGUUAUCAAAAUGAUAUUAAUAGAAUAUUAUCUUAUUUGCCUAAAAACAGACGAAAUUUUCUUUUUUCUGCAACAUUAAGUCAUAAUUUGGAUGAUAUUAGAAAAAAAAUGUGUAAAUCAGAUUAUAUUUUUUUAAAUUGUAUAAAAGAUACUGAAAAACACACUAAUGACCAAUUAAAACAGUAUGUUAUAUUUCAUAAAGCAAUCGAUACAACAAUAAUAUUAUAUAACUUAUUAAUUGAGCAUAUGAGAUUAAAUCAGUUCACAUAUAAAAUUUUAGUAUUUUUUCCCACAGCUAGAGCUACAUCUUUUUAUGCUAAUUUUUUUAAAAAUCAAUUGAAAAUAUCAGUUUAUGAAAUUCAUAGAAAAAAAGAACCAACUCAUAGGCAAAUUACAUCUAAUAGAUUUUAUAUGGAAACUGUUGGAAUUUUAUUUACUUCAGAUAUAAGUUCAAGAGGAAUCAAUUAUCCCGAUGUUAGCUUAAUUAUUCAGGUGAAUAGUGCUAUUUCUAGAGAACAGUACAUACAUAGAGUUGGUAGAACAGCUAGAAGUAAUAAAGAAGGUAUGGCUAUUAUUUUGUUAAAUGAAGCCGAUGAAUUAUUUUACGAACAAAUAAAAGAUCUAAAUAUUGAAAAAAUAAAUCCAAAUGAUUACACAAUAAAAAAUACUAAUGUUUCUAAUUAUUUAAAUAGUUGGAUGUCUAAUACACAGUUAUUAUACUUGGCUUAUGCAUAUUAUUCUUCCUUAUUAAGAUUUUACAAAACAAAAUAUGCAAUUCUUAAAUUAAGUGAUGAUGAUAUUAUUGAUGUUGUCAAUAAUAUUUUGUUGUCUACUGGAUUAGUAGAGCAACCACAUAUUUCAAGUAAACUAGCCGUAACAUUAAAUAUGCAAAGUAAUCCGAAACUUAAAAUUAGAAAAGAUUUAGAUGAUUUAUUAUUAUAA